AUGUCAAUACUCACUUCUCCAAGAGGAAAGGUAGAAGUCGUUCACUGCCGAAGAACAGAGUCACAGGAUAUUUUUUGUAUCAAAAACCUCAUUAGAAAAUUUACCCAGAAGCUGUUUGGGAGGCUUAAUAUCAUCUAUCUUCUGGAGAAGGCAAACCUUGCCAUCACUCUCUGUAAUGACAAGGAGGAGAUCAUGGCCCACGCCACCUUCGUGGACUAUCCCAACUGGAAUGUGGCCAACCAGGAUGAGUGGGUGCACGUGUUCUGGGAGCUCGACAAGGAACUCCCAUGCACACCUCUGAACACAUUGUUCAUGCACCUCUUUGUGGCCGUGGACGAGUAUUCUACUGGCUGUUGCAAAGAGAUAAUUCGGUCUGUGUUUAAGGCGGUGCCAGAGCUGCACUUCAUCUUUCUCGUCGUGCCCGCCUACAUGAGCCUCGGCUCAACUCUGAUAACUGUGUUUGACCAAGUGGGGAACAUUCCGAAUCUGACCUUUGACGAGGACUUUGCUGUGCACAUAUGUCACAGGCACAGCCAUUACCCUCAGCUGCACAUUCGCAAAGCCAGGGUGGAAGAUCAUGAUGAUCUCAUGCCAAUAUUUUUGCAACAUGACACAAUUCUGAGAGCAACGUAUGGCGAAUACUUUCUGGCUGAACUAAUAGAAGCCCAAGACAAGGAGAAUCAUGCUGUCGUGUGUGAGGUGGAAGGUGUAGCUGUUGGGUUCAUGAGCGUGUGCUCACAAGUGAACAUGCAGCUCCUACAUGAGUGCUUUGACUUGGGGCCCUUCCACGGAUUCUGUGUCCCACAUCCUGAUGAUGUUCUGGAGCCACCACGAGACUUAAUCUUUCAAGAAAGUCAAGAUACUUAUCGCAGGCAUAGCAGCCAGGAUUCCCAGCUAACACUCAUGUCACAGGAACCUGACACUCCAGACAGCAGGGAAAGGGACAGUUUCCAGGGGAAAAAUGCUGAAGAAGCCUCAAUGGAGGAACUUACAACUAGACCCGGAAGUGCGAUGGAGAUGAGAUGGUCAUACCUUGAAGAUGUUAAGAGUUACCGUUUCAGUCAUGUGAGCGCGGCAUCCUUACAGCCUGGGGAAACCACCUUUUUCCGCCCCGUCUACAAGGGAGCCUCUUCUGCCUUUUGUAUCCAGCUGUUUUGCAUUGAUGAGAAGUAUGAAGCGAGGUCAUUGGACUUUAUGAAAUUUGUUUUCAGCCUUUUUCCUGACAAGAACUUCUGCCUCAUUUCUCUGCCGCAUCUCACCCCUGAGUUUGUCCUCAUCCAGAACUUUGUGAAGGUGGUCCCCUUCAACAACUGCACCCUGGAGCAGGACCUCUACGUCUUCCACCGGGCGGGAUUGCUCAAGACGAUUAAGAUAAGAUUAGCCACUUUAUUGGAUUCUCCUGGUGUUGAAAAUCUCGUCAGUAGUCUCAAACUCAGUAGACGCAUAUUGGAGGAUUUAAGGCAAUACAAUGAUGCUCAUAGAGACCCUGGUGGAACACCACUGCAGGCAUUUGUAGCUGAUGUGGCAAAACAGGUGGUUGGCAUUGCAGUGAUCAGAGACGAAAUGGAUAUAGAGUACAUCCGAUCCCAUUACAACAUCGAAGACUUCAUCUACUUCAGUCACCACCAGCGCGAAGAGCACGCACACCUGUUUCACUUCGCCAUCAACCCCAUUUUCCGGCACUACACCAAGUUCUUCCUGAAGGAGAUCUUCCGCCUGGGACACAAGUCCUGCCUCUACUACCCCAUCUACCCGGCUUCCAGGGAGGGCAAGUUCCAGAGCUCCUACGCCCACUCCCUGACGUCCGCCCUUCAUUACUUGGUUCCCGUGCGACCACGACGACAGAUUGUCUAUCCUCUGGAAAAGCUCGGCAUCAACGCUCCAUCAAAGGAGGUCUCCAAGGAACUGUUGAGUUAUGCCUUGUACCAUACAAACAGAAAACUAACGCUGGAACCUAAAAUAACGGUUAAUGCCAGGAUUGUUGUGGUUGGCGCAUCCAAUGUUGGAAUCUCCUUCCUAGAGACAUUGGUUUUUUGCUCUCACCUGAAGUUCAGCAACCUCACGCUAAUUUCCACCCACGGACUCCCUGGGAAAAAACUUCUGGGCACGGAACAACGGAAGUUUUUAGCAAGCGACCAGAGUUAUAAUGAUAAGGAUCACGCAUUGAUGUCGCUGUGCUCCUGGGUCAACGUGGUGGUUGGUAGGAUGACGGCCAUAGACCGAGCAGCCAAGCACGUGGUGGUUUCCCAGGAAGAUAUUGUGCUCUAUGACCACCUCAUCCUCUGCACCGGGCAGCAGUACCAGGUCCCAUGCCCUACAGGGGUUGAUAUUGGUCAACACCUGACAAACAGAGACAUUCCAGACAGUAGUAAGCAGCGAUACACUGGUCAAGUUCCUCGUAAUCAUUUCACUCUCAAUGAUGAAGAGGACUGCUUGAAGGCCCAGAUUUGGAUAAGAAACAACUCCAUCAUCACAGAAGGAAAUGUCAUUGUCUAUGGCGAUACAAUUGACACUUACACCACACUAGAGAUGCUCUUACACCUUGGCAUGAGGGGCUCCAACAUCCACCUGGUGCGGCCCCCGCCCACUUCCAACAUCACCUGCAUCAACAACUAUUUGGUGGAAAGCGCAGUGGAAGACGCGCUGCAAGCAGCUGGGGUUACCAUUCACCAGGAUGCGCUCCUGGCUCAGUGGAACGACGGCGAAGACCCAGACCCUAUUAGCAGCGCCAGCUUCACCACGCCCACCAAGCCUUUCAAACUUCCGUGCUCCAUAUUCUUUAGCUUCUGUGAGAAGAAUGUGGAUUAUGAAACAUUUAAAGCAUUAAAUGAUGCAUGUCUUGUCUAUGAUGGCCGACUUGUGAUUGAUACGAACUUCCACACCAACGACAUAGCCAUCAGAGCUGCUGGCUCCCUCACCAAAUUCUCCAAUAGAUAUUACUCAAGUGAGUGGUCUCACAGCAACUUCAGUUCCAAAGAAGUUGGCUUCCAACUGGCAGCAGCUAUGCUCUGUCUCUUUGAUCCAACCCUCGAGCCUGUGAUCGAGCCACCGGCUGAUCUUGACCGACUCAUUCCCAUGUACAAGGCAGCCAAGAUCCGAGGAGGCAUUCUUCCUGGGUCUUACCAUUAUCUGCAUAUCAGCAAGCCUGCCAUUCCAUCUCCCUUGGAGGUACAAAUGGCCCAGCCUGAUUGUGGUACAGAAAUAACAACAGGUAAAGCGAAAAAAGGCACUUAUUUCCGAAUACAUAUUAACAACUAUAAAAUAGUGGAGACCAUCACAUGCCUCUCUAAGGAGCCUUUCCCUACCUCCAAUUACAUUCGCUUGUUUGGGCAGCACGAGCAAGUCCUCAACAACCUGUGUGCUCGGUUUGAGGACAAGAUGAUCACAGAUCUCUACAGCUACUUCACGGAGCCCUGGUGCAUGGCCCUCUUUCACGAUCGUUUUAUUGAUCUCAGGAAAGAGUUACGCCAAAUGUUAACCUCCAAGGAGGAGGAAGAACUUCCCUCCAUGGAACAGUUAGCCCAUCAGGUAGUCGAUGAGGAAAUUAACCUGACCGAGAAGCCCAGGACAUACCUCAAAAGAGUUUUCGAGGAAAGCAUCUACAAGACGCUGGUGGAGAGGAGCAUCCUUGACUACCUGCAGUAUAAUCACUACCACCUGCCCAUGUACGCGUGGCCAGGCAUCAUUUAGUGUGGCCACGUUCUCCACUUUAUUGUUUCCACACCUGGAGUUCCUGGAAGUGCUCUGUAUAAGUAGGAAGCCUCUCUGAAGCCUGGCUUGACAGCCAAGCACCAUUGUCUCCUGGGUUUGUUGUCUUCUCUGCAUGCACUUAUGCAUGUCAUUUUCUAUCGUCCCAGUAGGUGGCGCACGGCUGUGUGCCUCUAUUCUGGGCCAGGGAGCUGCUCUGCUAAUACCAGACAUGUCGGUACAGAAUAAUCUAUUUUAGCAAUAAAAUAAGAUCAGGCUGUGUAAAA